AUGACAACGUCGUCGAUAUCGACGAUUACUGGAGCAUUGAUCAAGUUCGCCCAGGCAGCGAAUCCAUCAUCUCGAAUCUUUUACACGGUCGCCUCUAAGGCAACAAAAUCGGAGCUUACAGAUGUCCAAGGUUCGAUUAGACUUUUAAGCAACUGUGAUCCCUUUAGUGAAAUUAUAGAGGAACUGAAGAAAGAUUCGUUCCUAACGGUGUUCACCGAAGAAUUAACCUUGUUGAAGGCGUUACCACAUUUGCAAUCCUUAAAAGGUUUCGCGAUUGUGGUCAACAUAGAUUUAAAGCUUCAGGACUACUCGGUUAUUACAGCGUUUAAGGAUCUAUCAAUACCAAUCUUGGUUUCCAGCAAUGGUGAUGCCGCGUUGAAGAAUGCUAAAAUUGCGAACGAAACUGCCACUCAGUUUUCUGAGCCCGUUUUCCACUUCAUCAAUUAUAGCAAGGCCACUGGAAAAUAUGGCGUCGAACCUGCCGCAACAGAAUUAGCUGAAGAAGUAGAGGACAUUUCAAAUUUGAAUUUGGAAAGUUUCGAGCUCUACAACGGUCCUUCAGGUUCACCAUCAGUUUUAAUAGUCAACCUGUCACCCUACGGUUAUGAAUUCACUGAAAAUUUGCCUUGUGAUACAGCUUUACUCGAUAUAAAAGCGUAUAGACCAUGGAAUAAGGACCAAUUGUGGGAGUCAGUACCAUCAAGCGUUCGCAAAAUUGUAAUUGUGCAGAGCUCUUGUCAAAGAUCAAAUGCAAGAGACUUUGAACCCCUUUUGUUAGACUUUUUUGAUGAUUUCGACAAGCUGAUCGAGAGGAAUAUCGACAAUGUGCUACUUUCGAAAGUUGGCGAAUUGAAGGAUGUUGGGAAGGCAUUGAGGGAAAUCGUUUCUAACGCCAAGUCAGAGAAACCUGAUUCUUACUUAUUUUUGGGCGACACUUUUGCAGAAAGUAGUGAUGACGCUACCGAGCUAAGCUCCUCAAUAAAGGGUGCUAUAAAUCUUGAGAAUGCAUACCUCAAAGUCCUUAAGCAGUUAUUUUCAAGCAAUUUGGAGAUUUUAAAUGAGUAUUCAAGCCCAACUGUUCUAAGCAAUAAUCCAGAAUAUGGUUACGGUUUCUUUUUAAGCGAGGACAAAAAGCGCCAAGAGCUGUUGGAACUAGCGAAAAACUCACUCGAUCCCUCGCUGUACCACUCCGUCGAUGCUCCUCAACUUGUCGAGCAAUUAUCCAAAUGGAUUACCUACAAUGAAUCGAAUCUAGACGAAUCUGCAUUGAAAGAAGCAAAUGAUGUAGGCAAUAGGACUUUCGAGUUGCUAGAGCUUAACCAGGAAUCAAAGACGGCAUUGGAUUUCUUGAAAAUUGGAUCUUCUGCCACUGAUUACUCAUUUAAAUCACGCUGGCUGAUUGGUUCCGAUGCCUGGUCGUAUGAUUUGGGCAAUUCAGGUGUUCAUCAAACGUUAUUUUCUAAGAAGAACUUGAAUAUUCUUCUAAUAGAUUCGGAACCUUACAAGGAUGUCAGUAACUCCCAUAGGAGGAAGAAAGAUGUUGGCCUGUAUGCAAUGAAUGCUGGCGAUGUCUAUGUUGCAUCUGUGGCUGUUUAUUCGUCAUACACUCAGCUCCUAACAGCACUGAUAGAAGCUUCAAAAUUCAACGGACCUUCAAUUGUUUUGGCUUAUCUACCUUAUCGUUCUGAGACGGAUACACCUAUAGAAGUUUUGAAAGAAACCAAGAAUGCUGUGGAAUCUGGAUACUGGCCUCUAUACAGGUAUAAUCCAAGUAUUGCAGAUGAGGAGGAAAAGUUCAAGCUUGACUCCGCAGUAAUCAAAAGGGAGCUCCAAAAUUUCUUGGAUCGCGAGAACAAAUUGACCCUUCUCUCCAAGAGAGAUCCAGAUCUAGCUAGAAACUUGAAGCAAUCAGCUAGUGACGUUAUCACUGCCAAACAAGAGAAGAGAAGUAAGUUAGCGUAUGAUCAGCUGUUAGACGGUUUAUCUGGCCCUCCUUUGCACAUUUAUUAUGCUUCUGAUGGUGGCAAUGCAUCGGCACUAGCUAAGAGAUUGGGGACGCGCGCAGCUGCACGAGGUUUGAAAUCCACUGUCUUAUCGAUGGAGGAUAUCAUAUUUGAGGAACUGCCUGGUGAAGAAAACGUUAUAUUUAUCACUUCCACCGCCGGACAAGGUGAAUUUCCCCAGGACGGUAAAGCUUUCUGGGACUUCAUCAAGUCUACAACAGAUUUAGACUUAGCAUCACUGAAUUUUGGUGUUUUCGGUUUAGGUGACUCCCAAUAUUGGCCGCGCAAGGAAGACAAGCAUUACUACAACAGACCAGCUACACAACUUUUCAAGCGCUUAGAAUUGUUGACUGCUAAGCCCCUUCUUGAUCUCGGCUUAGGAGAUGAUCAGGACGCCGAUGGGUAUCAUACGGGAUAUGGUCCAUGGGAAGCUGAACUAUGGAAGGCGCUCGGCGUAGCAAAUGCUGCAGUACCUGAUGAGCCAAAACCUUGGAAUAAUGAAGAUAUGAAACUUGCAUCGAACUUUUUGAGGGGCACGAUCGUGGAAGGGUUGGCUGACGAAUCAACUGGUGCAAUUCAUGCAUAUGAUCAGCAGUUAACUAAAUUCCAUGGUAUUUAUAUGCAGGAUGACCGUGAUAUACGUGAGACCCGUAAGGCUCAAGGUCUGGAACCGUACUACAUUUUCAUGGCUAGAGUCAGGUUGCCAGGCGGUAUCGCUACUCCAGAACAAUGGUUGGUUCUUGAUCGUCUUUCCGACGAGACCGGAAACGGUACCAUCAAGCUGACUACUAGAGCUACCUUUCAGUUGCAUGGCGUUGUUAAAAGGAACUUGAAGCAUACUAUUAGGGCCAUGAACUCAACCUUGAUGGAUACUUUGGCGGCUUGUGGUGAUGUCAAUAGAAACGUCAUGGUUUCGGCUCUACCUGGCAACGCCAAGGUUCAUGCUCAAGUUUCAGAAAUUGGAGCCAAAAUCUCAGAAUUCUUUUUACCAAAGACGACUGCUUAUCAUGAGAUUUGGUUGAGCGGUACCGAUGAACGUGAUUACAACGAUGACUGGUCUUCGAUUUUUGAGAACAGAAAGGAAGGCCCCACAAAGAAGAAGACGUUAGUGGGUGGUAACGCCUUGGUUGAUGUUGAACCACUGUACACCAAUGUUUAUUUGCCAAGAAAGUUUAAGGUCAAUAUCACAGUCCCCCCUUACAAUGAUGUGGACGUUUGGGCUAGUGACGUUGGUUUGAUCGCUAUCAUAGACAAUAACCAACAACUGACUGGUUUCAAUAUGUACGUUGGUGGUGGUAUGGGUACAACGCAUAACAACAAGAAGACUUAUCCCAGGUUAGGGUCCUCAUUUGGUUUCGUCUCAGUCCAGGAUACCAUUCCCGCUAUUGAAGCCGUAAUGAUUGUACAAAGAGACAAUGGUGACCGUGAGAACCGUAAACACGCUCGUUUAAAAUACACCGUUGACGAUAUGGGACCUGAUGUAUUCAAGAAGAAGGUCGAAGAAAUAACCGGUAAGAAGUUUCUUCCUGAGAAAGCUUAUCAAAUAGACUCCAAUCAGGACUACUUUGGCUGGGUGAAGGAUGAGACAGGGCUGAACCAUUUCACUGUGUUUGUUGAGAACGGAAGAGUAGAGGACACUGUUAACCUAGCACAGAAGACAGGGUUCCGGAAGAUCGCUCAGCUAAUGCAAAAGAAUAAAUCAGGCCACUUCAGGUUGACCGGUAAUCAGCACGCUUUGAUUUGCGGUAUCAAGGACGAGCAUCUUGAUGAAUACAAGAAAAUCAUGAAGCGAUACAACCUAGACAAUACAGACUUCAGUGGAUUGAGGUUGAGCUCUGCUUCCUGUGUCGGCUUACCAACUUGUGGGCUGGCCAUGGCGGAAUCUGAGCGUUAUAUGCCAUUAUUGAUUACAAAGCUGGAAAAUAUCCUGGAGGAAUACGGUCUCCGCCACGAUUCUGUCGUUAUGAGAAUGACUGGCUGUCCGAACGGUUGUGCCCGUCCCUGGCUGGCAGAGGUUGCUCUAAUUGGUAAAGCUCCGGACACAUACAAUAUGAUGCUUGGUGGCGGUUUCCAUGGGCAAAGAUUAAACAAGCUUUAUCGGGCUUCCAUUAAGGAGCACGAGAUUGUGACGAUCUUGACUGACCUCUUCAGAAGAUGGGCUUUAGAGAGAAAUGAGGGCGAGCAUUUCGGUGAUUUCGUGAUAAGAGUUGGACUGAUCAAACCAACCACUGAAGGGAAGUAUUUCCAUGACGACGUCGCAGAAGAAGCUCUUUGA